AUGAACACUGUCCCAAUACCCUGCACACUCGGUCCUGCCGUGUCAGACGUCGAAAGGAUCGGAGGAUUUGGACUAGAUGACAGUGAUGAAAACGACAAUCGCCUUGCCAGGCUGUUGUUCGACAUGCCCAACGGCACGACUCGUGCGGAGAUUGACCACAUGCUCAUCAACCGGAGGUGGGACUGCAAGCCACCUGCACGAAACGUGCCUCGCACCGUAUGCGACAAACUUGGAAAGAAUUUUGAAAAACACCAAGAAAUUGUUGAAGAGGAGGACCUUGAGGCUUGA